AUGGGGCUUAUAAACAGUAGCUGGUUUCAGCCACACCUUCUCCUUUUAACAGGAAUCCCUGGACUGGGGUCUGUACAGAUAUGGAUCUCUAUCCCCCUGUGUGUCAUGUACCUCAUUGCCAUUCUAGGAAACUGCACCAUCCUCUUUGUCAUCAAAACUACCUCCAGCCUUCAUGAGCCUCAGUACAUCUUCCUGUCUAUGCUGGCCACUACAGAUUUGGGUCUGUCUUUGUCAACCCUACCUACAGUACUCAAUGUCUUCCUCCCGAAUCACAGGGAGAUUGAGUUCCAUUCUUGCCUGACACAGAUGUUCUUCAUCCACAUCUUCUCCUGCAUGGAGUCAGCCAUCCUGCUGGCCAUGGCCUUUGACUGGUUUGUAGCUAUUUGCAACCCGCUGCACUACACCAUGAUUUUAACUCCUGCUAAGAUUAUUCGAAUGGGGCUUACAGCUGUGGUUAGGGGUGUGAUGUUGAUGGUACCCUUGCCAAUCCUGCCCAAGCGACUGCCCUUCUCCCACAUCUUCAAUGUCUUCAUUUUCUAUGUGCCACUCAUUGUGCUGACCCUAAUUCAUAGGUUUGGUAAAUUCACAUCUCCUCUUCUCCAUGUCACCAUGGCCAAUCUCUUUCUCUUCUUGACUCCUGUCCUUAAUCCAUUAGUUUACAGCCUGAAAACCAAACAGAUAAGGUCAGCAGUACUUAAAGUAAUCAAGGGCAGAGGCAACUUGCUCAACUAG